AUGGCUAUUAAGUAUGCAUUAGCAUUUUGCUUAAUUGCUAUCAAUGUUGCUGCUGAUGAUGAUCAGAGUCCUUAUUAUGGAGGCCACAACUCUCCCUACCACCCAGCUCCACAGGCGGCGCCACCCACACAUGAACCUCACCCACCCUAUCUCUAUAAGUCUCCUCCUCCUCCAUCUUCAUACAUUUACAAGUCUCCACCACCACCUUCUCCCUCGCCGCCUCCUCCAUAUUAUUAUAAGUCUCCUCCUCCACCUUCUCCUUCUCCGCCACCUCCAUAUAUCAACAAAUCUCCUCCUCCUUCCUAUCCCUCUCCACCUCCUCCCUAUUACUUUAACUCUCCACCCCCACCAUCACCUUCACCACCUCCUAUUUACAAGUCUCCUCCUCCACCAUCACCUUCACCACCACCUCCAUAUUUCUACAAGUCUCCUCCACCACCUUCUCCAUCACCACCACCUCCUUAUAUCUAUAAAUCACCACCACCACCAUCUCCAUCACCACCACCACCAUAUGUCUACAAGUCUCCACCACCUCCAUCACCUUCACCACCUCCUCCAUAUAUUUACAAGUCACCACCUCCACCUUCUCCAUCACCUCCUCCACCAUAUAUUUACAAGUCUCCUCCUCCACCAUCACCUUCACCACCACCUCCAUAUUUCUACAAGUCUCCUCCACCACCAUCCCCAUCACCACCACCUCCUUAUAUCUAUAAGUCACCACCACCUCCAUCUCCAUCACCACCACCGCCAUAUGUCUACAAGUCUCCACCUCCACCUUCUCCGUCACCUCCUCCACCAUAUAUUCAAAAGUCUCCACCGCCACCUUCACCUUCACCUCCUCCUCCUUACAUUUACAACUCUUCACCGCCUCCACCAAAGCAAGCUUAUCUCUACACUUCACCUCCACCUCCUAAGUAUUAA